UUUUUUUUAUUUCAGCAGGGGUACUGAAGAUAUUUCAUUUUUAAAAAUCUGUUAAGGUUAAGUUAAGGUGUCAAGAGUUCACAUACUUCUAAAGUGUCUGAGAAUAAAUGUGAAUACUUUGCAAUAAGGUUUCAACAGUUAACAUGAACCAAGAAUAAACUAUUCUUCAGCAUCUAAUCUAAUGUUAAUCUCACUUACUAAUACAUUUUUAAGAUGAAAUGCAUUUGUUAACAUUAGUUAAUGCACUCUGAAACAACAUGAACAUGAACAAAGGUUAAAAAAUGCUGUAAAAAUAUAUUGCUCAUUGUUAGUUUAUGUUAAUUCCAUUAACAAAUGAGACAUUAUUGUAAAAUGUUACUGAAUAAAUAUCAUCUAACCCUAAGGAUUUGAAAACAACCUCAAUACGAGUUCCAUAAAACUCUCCAAAGUUGUGCAAGCAACUGGAUUAUCUCUAUAAAAUAAAGCGUUAAUUGCUUGUAUUGUUGUUUAGGUGAUCUUAUUUUCAUUUCUAAUUGGACUUCAUUUAGUUUGCAUUUAAACAAGUCUAAUUGGUCAUUUCUUUGCAAAACAAUGGAUCCGCAGGGGCCGCGCUCGUGUCCCCGGUGCUCUCCAAGAGGCCAAGACAAAUAAACAAGCAAGUCAUUUAUUAAAAGCAGCCAAGCAACCAAAAGAGAUCAAUUCAGCAUUGAAUGAGACAAUUAUUACAUGCUGCUUCCAGCAAAUUGCCAGGCAGCCAUUGUGCUUUUGUGAUCCGGAGCAUCUUUCUCCAUGCAUGUCAAGAGAGAAUGGGAAUAUUCAGCAGGAUUAGUUUAAACAGCAUUAGGCUUUAUUAUUAUUUUAAACCCGUGUGGUAGAAAAUAAGGUAAAUAAGAUUAGGCACUAGUUGACUGCUUUCUCAUAAUGCUGGAGAUGCAGCAGAAGGAAACGAGGAGAAGAUAAAUCCUGGGAACGGGGCCUAAUUUUCUACCUGGUGAGUAAAAAGAAUGGCACAUCAGCCGUGUUUUGUCCCGUUCAAUAGCAGCUUUAAGGGAUUCAGUGUCUCUAGAAGAUAACAGGUUGCUGCUUCAGGUUGGAACGCCUCAUUUGGACCCUGAAUUACCUGCAGUCCAGGGGCCCCACGGUGAGGGCCGGCGAUUCACAUGUAAAACACUCCAUCUCGGGGUUUAAUUGGAGGCUAUACAUGAGAGAGGAGCUAUAAAGACCAACCUCAAGCUUUCAGAUCACACCAGUGAAGGUCCAGUCGGAGAAGAAGAGCAUCAGAUGGCGUCUCUCACAGUCAGCGCGCAUCAGAACAGCCCGAUGAACAGACAGUCCGCGUUCACCAUCGACAGCAUCCUGGGACUGAACAGACCGGAUCAGAGAACAGCGCUGUCAGCACCUUACAGACCCUGGACAGACGUGAAACCAGCAUGCCAGAAUCGUCGCUUGGUCACAGACGGUGAAGCUUCAGUGGAUGUGAGAGUGAAUGAAGAGGGUAAAUCUUACAGUAAAUCACCAGCAGACUCGUACAGGAGAACACUGAACUGGUACAUCGGGCGCAGGCCGCGGACGGCGUUCUCUAGCGUUCAGAUCAAGAUAUUGGAGAGUGUGUUUCAAGUGAACUCAUACCCGGGCAUCGAUAUACGUGAAGAACUUGCUAAGAAACUUCAUCUAGAUGAGGACAGAAUUCAGAUUUGGUUCCAGAACAGAAGAGCAAAGCUGAAGCGCUCACACAGAGAGUCUCAGUUUCUCAUGGUGAAAAACGUCCUUAAUGAUUUACAAACCAGCAGAGACGAACGCUGACUGUCACAUUUGUUCAUAUUAUUUCUGUCGCUCUGCCUCUGUUGCGAUAUUGUAAUUUAUUAUAUGUCUUUACCACUUAUGUAAUUAAUAAUUAUCUCUCACUGUGAUUUAAAUGCUAAAGAUUCUUAUUGUGUGUUUACUGAAAAUAUAAAAGAAUAAAGUCGUUAUAAAUACAAUUUUGGUCCAACAU